AGUUGACCCCACACAUAUCUCAUCAACUCAGCUCAUCCAUCCACAACGUCGCGGUAUCACAGCUUGCUUCUUGGGCAACUUCACAUUCCCUCAGGGCAGUUGUUGCAAUCGACCCACGUAAUUGAUGACCUCAAGCCGCGCGGACGGUCACAAUGGCCGAUGAAGAAGACCCUCAGUCCCUGGUGGGCACAUUCCCCGAACCACCAUCCUUUUACAAGGACUUCACCCCAGCCAACGUCUCCCGGAUCGAGGAGCUGCGCAAAGCCGCCGGCAUCGAAGACCUUGCCUCCAGAUUGCCAGACGUACCUGAAGAUCUCAUCAACUUGCAACCGCCCGCUGAACCGGAGAACGGCAAGUGGCGGGUGUUUGGCGAUCAUUACACUCUCGAGGACAAGUUACCGACGCUCGAAGAAGUUGGCGCCGUAUCUCUGCCCCCAACGCACCCUUCCCGUCUCCAGGCUUCCCCUUCCUCCUCUCAGGUGGCACAGAAUAACCAUUACGACCACGCACUCGAGCUUAAGCGACUCACAAAGUCCCUGCUGCUCAACUUUCUCGAGCUUCUGACCACGCUGUCGCAGAACCCAGGCCACGCCAGCGCCAAGAUCAGCGACAUCAACACGCUCCUCAUCAACAUACACCACGCGCUGAACGAGUAUCGCCCCCAUCAGGCGCGAGAGAGCGCUGCGGAGCUGAUGCAGGAUCACCUCGACACCAUUCGUCGCGAAACCACCUCGGUGCGCGAAGGGGUGGACCGCGCUCGUCGCGUACUCGAAGGCCUGGGCAGCCUGACGUUUGCAGAGCGCGAGGCCAGCCAGGCCCCCGUUGACGAGGAGGCAGAAAAGAAGCUGCGAAAGCAGCAGGAUGGGCUUACUCUGUGGAACUGUGCGGAUGCGCUUCUCGCUUGAUUGCGUGCGAGAUUUGCUGGUGGCGCCUUUUGCGGUCCUUCCGGAGCGAUAAGCCUGUGCAUACAAACAACACAACUACGAGGAUUGAAUUAGGAUAGACAGGACAGCCUUCUACGUAAUGGAUUCGACGACCACUGCUGGGUCUCGCUACAAUCACGGGACAAGGCGUCAAGGCGGUGAUUAUACCCAGGUUACGAG